AUGGCCUUCGCUCCUGUGUCGGGGCAAGGCGCGAAGAAGAAGAAAGGGAAAUCGUUUGGAUUCGAGAGCAUGGGCCUGAGUGCCGCCGUGUAUCGCGCGGUGCGGCGCAAGGGCUACCAGGUGCCGACGCCAAUCCAGCGGCGAACGCUGCCGAUGGUGCUGGCGGGGCAGGACGUGGUCGCCAUGGCGCGCACCGGGUCCGGCAAAACGGCGGCGUUUCUCAUUCCCAUGAUUGAGCGGCUCAAAGCGCACUCGAACACGGGCGGGAUUCGCGCCGUGAUUCUCUCUCCUACGAGGGAGCUGGCCCUACAGACGUUCAAAUUCACCAAGGAGUUGGGCAGAUUCACCGACCUCCGAGCAGCCGUGCUGGUGGGGGGGAAACAUCCUUCGGAGGGAGGGUCUGGGAUGAUGGGAUGGGACUGUGGCAGCCCGCAUCCCCCCCCGCACGUUCUCAUUCUUGCUUGUGCCCCCUGCUCUCGCAUCACUUCCUGCAACCACCCUCUGCAGAGAGCUUGCCCUACAGACGUUCAAGUUCACCAAGGAGCUGGGCAAACUCACCGACCUGCGUGGGAGAGGCGCCGAGCAGAGAGUACGGAGUGUUCAACCCUGCUUGUCCCCCCCUGUUGUUUCUCCACCUUCCCAAACCACCCAUCCAGGGAGCUGGCCUUACAGACGUUCAAGUUCACCAAGGAGCUGGGGAAAUUCACCGACCUGCGAGCGGCCGUGCUGGUGGGAGGAGACAGCAUGGAGGGGCAGUUCGAGGCGCUCUCACGCAAUCCAGACAUUCUCGUCGCGACACCUGGCAGGCUCAUGCAUCAUCUUGCGGAGGUGGAGGGCAUGAGCCUGAAAUCCGUGGAGUACGUUGUUUUUGAUGAGGCUGACCGGCUUUUCGAGAUGGGGUUUGCCGUCCAGUUGAAGGAAAUUUUGCGCGGGAUGCCCGAGUCGCGCCAGACGCUGCUUUUUUCGGCCACACUGCCCAAGAUGCUCGCGGAGUUCGCCCGGGCAGGUUUGAGGGAGCCGCAGCUGAUCCGAUUGGACACGGAGACGAAGCUGAGCCCGGACCUGGCGCUUUGCUUUUUCACGGUCAGACCGCAUGAAAAAAUGGCCGCCCUGCUGCAUUUGCUUCAGGAGGUUAUUCAGUUCCGGGCAGGCAGAACAUCUCUCCUCAUCGUGACCGACGUUGCUGCUCGAGGUAUUGACAUCCCUCUCCUCGACAACGUCAUAAACUUCGACUUCCCGCCCAAACCGAAACUUUUCGUGCAUCGGGCAGGCCGAGCGGCGCGCGCGGGCCGUUCGGGCACCGCAUAUUCUUUUUUCACUGCAGAAGAGCUGCCCUUUGUGCUCGACCUGCACCUUUUCCUCUCCAAGCCCAUCCGCCCGGCGCCACUAGAUUCCGAGAUCGAGGCGACAGGUGGCGCGAGCCUAUUGGCCGCGAGGGAAGCGCAGGAGCGGGGGGAAACAGUCUACGGAAGAUACAUUCAAACCGAGCUGGACCGUUAUUUGGAGCGGCUGAGGGAGCUGGAGAGUUCAAGUGUGGCUGUGGGGAUGCUGCAGAAGGUGGCUGGGAAGGCCAUGAAGCUGUAUCUGAGAACACGGCCGGCUGCGUCGAAUGAGAGUGCGAAGAGGAGCAAGGCGCUGGCAGGGAGGGAGGGCGUGCACCUGCUGCUGAGGGAGCGCGUGGGCGGGCUGGAGUCGGCUGCUGCUGCUUUCGCGGAACACCUUAAGAAGUUCAGGCCGAAGCAGACAGUGCUGGAGCUCGAGGCAGAAGCUGCCACGGCGAAGAAGAAAGUGGGCCCUUUUUCCUCCCCAUAUGCGUUUCCCAUCUUCCCCAUAUGCGUUUCCCAUCUUCCCUACCAUCUCCCUCCCUCGCCCCAGGAGCCCAUUUUCGCAGGGCUGGAUGUGAUGCGAGUCAAGAGUGGCCCCAUAGCAGCGGGGUUGGAUGUGAUGCGGGCCAAGAGGGAGGCGCACCAGACAGCCAUCAGCAAUGCUUUCCCCCCCUUUGACCCUUUCCUUUCUUCCUUACGUUGCCCUUCAUUGCCUCUCUCCAUCUUCCUCCCGCCCUCACCCCAGGGCCCCAUAGCAGCGGGGUUGGAUGUGAUGCGGGCCAAGAGGGAGGCGCACCAGACAGCCAUCAGCAAGCGGCGAGACAAGCUGGUGGCGGAGGGCCGUGAGGUGUGGGGCCAUGGUCUGGGGGACGAUGGGGAUGAGGAUGAUGAGGUGGGGGGAGAGGUGGAGGAUGGGGACGGAGAGGAGGCGGAGGAGGGAGAGGAGGGAGAGGAGGGAGAUGAGGGAGUGGAGGGAGAGGAGGGAGAGGAGGGAGAGGAGGACGAGGAGGACGAGGAAGGGGAAGCUGAUGAAUUUGAUGGUCAUUGGGAGAGCGGUCUUUCAGUCAACGGGCGGCCCAAGAACGAGUUCUCAGCUGAAGUGCAAAAGUUUGAGGCGGAGGUGCUGGAUCUGGCUCCUGAUGAUGGCGAAGGGGCCCAAAAGAGGAAAUCAGUGUUUCACUGGGAUAAGAAGAGCAAGAAGUACAUCAAGCUGAACCCCGGGGAGACCCUGGGUCCAUCGGGCAAGGUGCGCACGGAGAGCGGCACCAAGACGAGUGCUGGCAGCAAGGGCAUUUACAAGCGGUGGAAGGAGAAGACGCACAUGCGCGUGGGCGGCAGAGGGCCACGUGGCAGCGCUGGAUUGGACGCGGGCGAGGAUGCUGACGGCAUGUCGGGCAGAGGAGGGGCGGGUGGGCGAGUGAGGGAUGAGCUGCGCAGCGUGGAUGAGGUUAGGAAGAUGCGCCAAACAGCCAUUGCCAGAGGAGGCGGGGGGAGAGGAGGGGGUGGAGGGAGAGGGGGAGGUGGAGGGAGAGGAGGGGGUGGAGGAAGAGGAGGGGUUGGAGGAAGGGGUGGGAGUGGAGGGAGGGGAGGAAGGGGAGGGAGCAGAGGGAGGGGAGGGAGUGGAGGGAGGGGUGGAGGGAAGGGAAGGGGUGGAGGAAGGUCGAGUUCGAGUGGGAGAGGGGGAGGUAGAGGGGGCAAAGGCAAGAUGGGAAGGGGUGGGAAUCGAUUGGACGAGGAAUCCGUGUGUCACAUGGCCUUUGAGCUCAUAUUCGCGUUCGACGAGGUCAUUUCGCUGGGCCACAAGGAGAACGUGACUAUAGCGCAGGUGAAGCAGUACACGGAGAUGGAGAGCACGGCGGAGAAGCAGUACAAGGCGGACAUGCUGAGCAAGAUCAACGAGACCAAGGACCUCAUGAAGAAGAAGGCGCAGGAGAUCGAGAAGCUCCGGGCGGACAAGAGAGUCGAUCGUGGGGGGAUUUCAGGCGGGCUGGCGAGCAUGGGUCCGGGUGGGGGUGGUCAGAUGUCCAUAAACAAUGGCUUCCCGGAGAUGGGCAGGAUGGGAGGCGGUGGAGGGUUUGGAGCUCCCGUUUCAUCUGGUCCAGAACCAGGGCGGGCGGGCGGGAGUCUGGCGGCGCCGUCCAAGGGCAUGGGCAUGAAGCUGGGCAAGUCCACCAAGACAAACCAGUUCCUCGAGUCGCUCAAGGCGGAGGGCGAGAACAUCGUCGAGGACGUCAUGUCCGCCGCCGCCGGUCCCGGUCUCGCGGGCGCUGGUGCUGGCGGGCCAGCGGCGUUCGUGGCGACGGAUCCGAUCACGAUUCUGGUGGAGGAGAAGCUGGUGGCGGUGUGGAAGCGCGACGGCGGGCUGGAGAACAUGGAGGUGCAGGGCACCAUGGCGCUCACCGUGCUCAAGGAAGAAGAUGCCUUCAUCCGCAUCCAGGUGCGUUGGCGCGGGUGGAGGAUCGACUCAAGCGGGCUGGAGAACAUGGAGGUGCAGGGCACCAUGGCGCUCACCGUGCUCAAGGAGGAGGACGCCUUCAUCCGCAUCCAGAUCGAUGGCGGGCAUGACAAGAGCUUCCAAUUCAAGACGCAUCCGAACAUUGACAAGGCGCUGUACGGCAGCCAGAACAUCCUGGGCCUCAAGGACCCCAACCGGCCCUUCCCCACCGGCAGCCCGCUGGGCAUCCUCAAGUGGCGCAUGCAGUCCAAGGACGAGACCGUCGUCCCCAUCAGCAGUAUGUCUCGCUCCCCUUCCUCGCUCACUCCGUUUCUCUCUUCCUCUCGUUUUUUGUUGCUGCAACUCAACUGCUGGCCAUCGGUGCUGGGGCCGGACGCGUAUGUGAACAGAGGGUACGAGGCCACGCUGCCCUUGCUUAUCAACUGCUGGCCGUCGGUGUCGGGUGCAGACACGUAUGUGAACAUAGAGUACGAGGCCACACAGGCAUUCGACCUGCGCCACGUGGUGGUUGAGAUCCCGCUGCCGGCGCUGCGUGAGGCGCCCACGCUCAAGGACUACGAUGGCGAGCCCAGUGGGUCGAUGGAGUUUGUGGUGCCGGCCACCAACCCCGACGUCUUCUUCCCCAUUGAAGUGCGCUUCACGUCCGCCAAGACAUUCUGCGACGUCAAGGUCCGUCCCUCACAUUCCCUGCCCAUCACCCACCUACCCCACCCCUUUGAUCGCCCCUUUCCUUCAUGA